CUUCGCACAGAGAUCCUCCUCUGGUCUCUCCUCGAGCACCCCAACAUCCUUCCGCUGAUUGGGAUCACGGAGACAGAGACCUAUAUGGGCAUCAGUAUGGUGGCCCCCUGGUGCCGCAAUGGGAACUUGAGCGACUACAGUAAGAAACAGCGCAACGCAUACAUCAACCGACUUCAGCAGUUGGCGGACAUCGGCUCUGCCCUAACCUAUCUGCAUAAUCACGUCCCGACCAUCAUCCAUGGCGAUCUGAAAUGCGCGAACGUACUGGUCAGCGAUGACGGGAGACCACUGCUAUGCGAUUUCGGUUUGGCUACUCUUCGCUACAACGGCGCCACGAUGUCUUCGGCUCUUGACAGUGGUUCCGUCCGGUGGAUGGCAAUUGAGCUCAUCAGCAUCCUUGAUAAACCCACCAUCAACAAGGAGACAGAUAUAUGGGCAUUCGCGAUGCUUGCGCUGGAGCUUCUGACGGGAGACCUUCCUUUCAGUGAUAAACGAAAUGACAUGGCGGUA